AUGACUGCGCUCCUGGAAGCCUUGUCGGAUCUGGAUGAAUCCCCCGAUACGCUGCCCCCGACGCCGGUCCACAAGCCCUUGGAAGUACAAGUGCAAAAUAUGCUGGACCAAGCCAAGGACAACGCCGUAUCGGGCCCAAAUAUCGCCGAUUUUCGGGACAGGGAGCUACUGGCCAAGCACUUCUACAGCACUUUCGACAAGGACGCUUUUUUGCCAGCUUUUUCUGGGUUGAAAAAUACCUGGAUUUCGAUGCUUCCGGACCCGACGCGAAGUGGUUUCUCCGAAGUACGUAUUCUGGCUAUGUUAUCCAUGUUACUUCUCCCCUAUACUAAUACCUGCUUGCACUUAGAUAUUUGGGCCAAUCUCGCGGCUCAAAUAAAACUGAACCUGGACAUGGAAGCACAGGGAGAAGCCACGCUCGCCAGAGGGCACUGGUGCCAGAUCCUCGAGUACUGGGAUGUCAUGGGGAAGCAGCCCCGGUUUGAGCAGGUGAAGCUGGCUUCAUUCAAGCAGCGGGCCGAAAGGCCGAAAAGACAGAGAACUGCGAAGACCAGCACAAGCCUGGUGGCCCCGAAAAUUGCGCGCUGGUUGCCGCUGCGAAAGGGGAACCUUCCAGCCGACUUGCCCAACAAAUUCUCUAGUGGCGUGCCUGACGGCGCUUGA